AUGGACGUUUCUGAGCUCAUUGAGAGCUUAGAAUCUCUAUGGUUCUUUACCAAUGUGGUCUCAUCGAGAACUUCGCAUGCUAGAAACAGAACCCAAGAAGAAUCACCACAACCCAUGACCCCAAUUCUCCAAACUAGCCUGCAAAAUCACGAGGACUCACCAAAACCUGAGUUUUUGACCCCAAAAUGCCCCAAGUGUGGUGACUUUGCAGCUGAAAUUGAAGAACAUGAUGGGGGUAAGCAGACUAUCAAGAUUGAAGAAGUGGAAACUCCAAAGCCAACAAAGAAAAACGAGGACUCACCAAAACCUGAGUUUUUGACCCCAAAAUGUUCCAAAUGUGGAGACUUUGCAGCGGAAAUUGAGGAACAUGAUGCGGAUAAGCAGAUUAACAAGAUUGAAGAAGUGGAAACUCCAAAGCCAACAAAGAAAGAAGAGAAGAGAAAGAGAAGGCAAAGGAGGAGGAGAAGCAAGAGAAAGAUACUAGGAGAGCUUGACUUAGGCUUUGAUAGUAGUAAUUAUUACAAAUUAGAUUAUGGGUUUCGAGUGUUUGAGGAUAAGGAAACAAGGGGGUAUGGAAUGUUUGGAAGGCAACUACAACAUCAAGGAAAGAUGCCACCAUUAAAUGAUGGUAUGGCCAUGAAAGAGCAUCUCAAAUCUUGGGCUCAUGCUGUUGCCUGCACUGUCAGAUAA